AACCAUAACCAUAACCCUUCGCCUCUCUUCUCACUGGGUCCACUUCUUCCUCCGUCGCCGCUCACUUCGGACAGGAACCGAGUUCGAUGUCCCUCGAUCUGUCUGGUCUUUCAGUUUCCUCUGUUCCUCGCCUCUCGUUCGCCGGCCAUCGCCUUCGGGAGUUUCGCCUGAAAGGGUACUUCUGCAAGAGAACAACAAUUCGGUGUUCAAUGAAGUCUUAUAGAUUGUCCGAUCUUGCUUAUUCCGAGGUGGAAAAGCUCAAGGCACGCCCACGCAUUGACUUCUCAUCAAUUUUCAGCACAGUUAACCCCAUUAUUGAGGCUGUUCGAAGCAGAGGAGAUGCUGCUGUCAAAGAAUUCACUGAAAAGUUUGACAGAGUUCAACUAAAUAACAUUGUCGAGGAUGCGUCUGAACUUCCUGUUCCUCAGCUUGACAAAGCAGUUAAAGAAGCAUUUGAUGUUGCAUACGACAACAUAUAUGCAUUUCACUUGGCCCAAAAAUCAACAGAAAAAAGCAUCGAGAAUAUGAAAGGUGUCAGAUGUAAAAGGGUCCCGAGAUGUAUUGGCUCCGUUGGUCUUUACGUGCCUGGUGGAACAGCUGUUUUGCCUUCUACUGCCCUGAUGCUUGCAAUUCCUGCUCAAAUCGCUGGAUGCAAGACUGUUGUUCUUGCAACUCCACCAGCUCAGGAUGGAAGCAUUUGUAAGGAAGUGCUAUAUUGUGCAAAGAAGGCCGGUGUAACUCACAUACUUAAAGCCGGGGGAGCACAGGCCAUAGCUGCCAUGGCUUGGGGGACAGAUUCUUGUCCUAAGGUUGAGAAGAUUUUUGGUCCGGGCAAUCAGUAUGUAACUGCUGCUAAGAUGAUUCUUCAGAACAGCGAGGCGAUGGUUUCCAUUGAUAUGCCUGCCGGCCCUUCAGAAGUCUUAGUCAUAGCUGACGAGCAUGCCUGUCCAGCUCAUAUCGCAGCGGACUUGCUUUCUCAGGCUGAACAUGGUCCAGAUAGUCAAGUUGUCCUUGUUGUAGUUGGGGAUAAUAUAGAUCUGACAGCCAUUGAAGAAGAAAUAACCAAACAGUGCAAAAGCCUUCCAAGGGGAGAGUUUGCUUCGAAAGCUCUAAGUCACAGUUUCACAGUCUUUGCUCAAGACAUGGUCGAGGCAAUAUCCUUCUCAAACCUAUAUGCACCCGAGCAUUUGAUUGUCAAUGUCAAAGACGCUGAGAAAUGGGAGGGUUUCGUCGAGAAUGCAGGUUCGGUGUUUCUUGGACCAUGGACUCCAGAAAGCGUAGGGGACUAUGCGAGCGGUACAAACCAUGUUCUUCCGACCUAUGGCUACGCACGUAUGUAUGGAGGCGUAUCUCUGGACUCUUUCCUCAAGUACAUGACCGUACAGUCCUUAACCGAGGAAGGUCUGAGAAGUCUUGGUCCCCAUGUUGCAACAAUGGCGGAAGUUGAAGGUCUUGAAGCUCAUAAGAGAGCAGUGACCCUCAGACUCAAAGAUAUCGAAGCCAAGCAAAUCUCCUGAUAUAUGAAAAUCGUUUUGUUUUUGCUUGUUGAGAACAAGAGGAUGCAAAAAAAACAGUGUUUUAUUUUCAAGGUGUUGGAUUCGGUUCUGUUGUGAUUUGGAUUUUAUGGGACAGAACACAGCUGAGUUCCUGCCUUGCAGGAACUAAUUUCGUUUAAUAAUAUUUUUUUUU